AUGGCCGCAAACACUGUUCAUAGAACGUCAUUACCAGUGCCAGGGCAUUCAGAGGUGAACAUCGGCUCAUUAUUAUCAUUGGGUAAAGAUUUCAGUAAGAUUACGACGCCAGUCAUUUUUAACGAGCCGCUCUCUUUCCUUCAGCGCAUUGCCGAAUAUAUGGAAUAUGCCAAACUUUUAAGAUUAGCUUCACUUGAAACAUGUCCAAUUGCUCGAUUACAGUAUAUCUCAGCAUUUGCUGUAAGUGGCUUGGCAUCUAAUUGGAAACGCUUUGGAAAGCCCUUUAAUCCUUUACUUGGAGAAACCUACGAACUUCAACGUAAUGAUUUUCGUAUAAUUUGUGAGCAAGUAUCACAUCAUCCACCAAUUUCUGCCUUUCAUGCUGAAAACGAGGAUUAUGUUUUUCAUGGUAAUAUACAUCCUAAACUCAAGUUCUGUGGAAAAACAAUAGAAAUUCAUCCAAAGGGAAUGGUUACCGUCAUAUUGUUAAAAUGGAACGAGACAUACACUUGGCAGAACGUCAAUUGUAUAUUACACAAUUUCCUCGUGGGACAAAUUUGGAUGGAGCAGCAGGGAAUAUUGGAGAUUAAACAACAUGGUGGUAUCAAUCUAAAAGCAGAACUUUGCUUAAAAACUGCCGGUUGGAAUAAUAAAGAUCUACACAGAGUGGAGGGCUUUAUCGUAGAUCAAAAUGGAAAACAACUGUCGUACCUAUAUGGCAAAUGGACUGAGUACCUUAGAGCCUCCACAGCGUCUCUGUAUGAAGAGAUGAUCGAAAGGACAAAACAAAAAUCAAAGAGUUCUCAAAACAGUUUAGGGCAUAAAAAAGUCUUAGCUAAGCUUAAUAGUCUUAAGGUUGGAACAUUCAAACCUUUACAUCAAAUUGCAGUUGACGAAUCAGAUGAUUACCAUUGCAUGAAAGAGUGCACAACCGAUGAUUUAUUUGAGUCCAUGAUUCUAUGGGAAGUUACACCUAGACCUUCCAACUGUGCAGAAUAUUUUCAAUUUACGGCAUUUGCCAUGACAUUGAAUGAAAUAGAACAAGGAAUGAAGGAAAACUUAUGUCCAACGGAUUCACGAUUGAGGCCCGAUAUUCGAAAACUAGAAAAUGGAGAUCAGGAUGGAGCCGCUACUCGAAAAGUUAGAUUAGAAGAAAAGCAAAGAGAUAGAUGUAAAAUAAGAAACAAAAAAAAAGUUUCUUCUGAAUGGAUUCCAAGAUGGUUCGAGAAAAGAGUAAAUCUCUACACGGGUUUCAAUAAUUGGACAUACCUAGGUAACUAUUGGGAUCGCAACUAUGAUGGUAUCGAGGAUAUAUUUUAAUUCCAAAUGAUGUAGGAGAGAAAAAAAUUCAAGAAAUUGCAGUAAUAUCUUAC